AUGGCAAAUGUAUUUUCAUUAUGUAAUGAUAUUGAACAAUUUCUUCAACAAAGUGAUAAAAAUUCUAUAAAUCAAUUUCUUAAUUGGCUUAAAUCUCGUUUAAAUAUUUCUAGUUAUUCAAAUAUUAGAAAAUUUGAAUAUUUUCAUUCGGAAAAUUCCGAAAAAUCAUUAAUUAAUACAUCACAAAUAUUUAUUUGUCAAUGUGGUCAUCGAUAUACAUUUCGUUUUACAAUUGAUAAUCUUAUUGAAACAGAUGAAUUCGAUGAAAAUGAAAAACAAUAUAAAAUCAAUACGACUAAACUUCAUAACUCAUCGAAAUAUUUUCUUUGUAAUCAAUGUCAAAUUCGUUUACAUACACAUGAAACAUUUCUUAAUCAUUAUUCAAUGCAUGAAAAAGGUUAUAUAUUUUGUAAACAUUGUUUUCAAUUUUAUAAUAAUGAUCAAACAAAAUUACAUAAUUGUGAACAACGAAAACUUGAUGAAUUACAAAGUCUUGAACAAUUAAUUCCACCUGAUACUAUUGAACAACAACAGCACCAACAACAAAAUUCUAAUCAAAUAAAUUAUAUUAAUGAUAAUGAUAGAUCUAGUUCAACACGUAUAACACGUUUUGGUUUACCAAAAUUAACUGAUUCAAUUGUUGAAAUAAUUCAUUCUGAUGGCAAACGACAAUAUCGUUGUCCACUUUGUUUUAAUUCUUAUGUUAAUCGAUCAGGUCUUAAUCGACAUUAUAUUACACAUAGUUCACAAGAUAUAUGGAAAGUUGAAUGUCAAUUUUGUGGUAAACGUUAUUCACGAAAAGAUUCAUUAAAACAUCAUAUAAAAACUCAACAUACACAAUUUGUUAUGUCAAAUUUAACAUGGAAUGAUAAAGAUAAUAGUUUGUAUCAGCGAUCAAAUGAACAAUUAUAUCAGUCUAAUAAUAAGAAUUUAUUAGAUGUUCAAUCAAAUUCAUCUUUAUCAAAUGAAAAAGAACAAAUGGAGAAUGAUGAUAUUGUUUUAGUUAAUUGA